AUGGCGGAAUACGAGGCCCUCCUCAGCAGCCUCCGCAUUGCCAUCGAACUCGGCAUCAAACACAAGUUCGACGGGCUCGAGCUUAACCACAUCGCGCGCAAGUACAACGAAGAAGCGGACGAACUGGCCAAGAUCGCGUCUGGGCGGACCACCGUUCCCCCGAACGUUUUCGCCCGUGACCUCACCAAGCCAUCCGUCGACUUCAAGAAUCCUGCGGAAGCCAUCGGAGCAGCACCCAAACCCUCGGGGGCUGCGACCACGGAGCCAUCAGCCAAAGACCCCUCGACGGAGGAGUCCGAGGCCAUGGACACUAACAUCGAGACCUCCUCAGUGGACGAGGCUGAAGCAAUGGAGAUCGACGAGGCCCCGCCUCCGCGAGAUUGGCAUACCCAGUACCUCGACUGGAUGAUCCGAGGGGUCUUACCCUCGGACUGCGCUCAGGCACGGCGCAUUGCCAUUCAAGCCAAGUCCUUCAUCUUGAUCGACGACGAACUAUACAAGCGCAGUCCCUCGGGCAUUCUGCAACAAUGCAUCCCCAUCCCUGAGGGCAAGGAACUGAUCCGAGACAUCCACGUCGGCAUCUGCGAUCACCACACCGCGCCGCGCACCCUCGUGGGAAAUGCAUUUCGGCAGGGCUUUUACUAG